CGUUUAUGUACAAAUAAAACCUAGGGAACCUGACCUUGCACCUUUUUGCCUCAACCCCACUACUCUUAUUUAUCAACCAGCACAGCAUGGCCCUCGAACCAAUAAUACGUACGGAGGCCGAAGAGCUCGUCAAAGAACAGAUGGCAGCCUAUGAUCCCUCGCACGACUGGCUCCAUGUCGAUCGCGUUCGCAGACAAGCACUCAAAAUUGCCAAGGAGGAGAUUAGUCAGAGCAAAGCCGUUGAUUUGGAACUUGUGGAGCUCGCUGCACUCUUUCACGACAUUGGUGAUGCCAAGUUCCAUAAGGAGGGGCAGCCUACCGGACGCGAGAUCGUCAUGAACUUCUUGUCGAAACACGGCUACAAAAGGGCAGAUGAGGUCGCCAAGAUUGUAGAGAAUGUGUCUUUCAGAAAGGAGCUGGCUGGAAUCAAGAACGCAUGGGCGGAAUCCUGUAUUGAGCUACACAUUGUCCAAGAUGCUGACAAACUGGAUGCAAUUGGUGCUUUUGGCAUAUUGCGCUGCGCUGCCUAUAGUGGCUACAAGAACCGACCGCUUUAUGACCCCGCAGAGAAGGCGCAAUUGAACAUGACUUACGAGCAAUACCAGGCACAGACGAAAGCCAAUACCGGAUGCGCUAUCAGCCAUUUCCACGAAAAGCUCUUUCGGCUCAAGGAUAUGAUGAAGACAUCCACUGCGAUCAAGAUGGCACAAAAGCGCCACGAUCUUAUGGUUUCGUUUGUUCAGCAGAUCGAAGAAGAGUACUCUAUGGACGAAUAAAAGAGCUCGUUCCACACGAUCGUAUAUCGACGAAGCGGAUACUGAGGCGUAUGGAGAU